AUGAAGUACAGUAAAAGAAAUCUCAGUUUUAACCCCACCACGAUAAGCAUCGCUGGAACGCUGCUUACCGUGUUCUUCCUCACGAGACUCGUGCUCUCGUUCUUCUCCAUAUCGCUAUUCCAGCUGCUGUCCUUUCAGGGCAUCUUUAAACCCUACGUGCCUGAUUUUAAAAACACUCCCGGCGUGGAGUUCUACGACCUGCGAAAUUACCAGGGCAACCAGGACGGCUGGCAGCAGGGCGACCGCAUCCUGUUCUGUGUGCCGUUGAGAGACGCCUCGGAGCAUCUGCCCAUGUUCUUCGACCAUCUUAACACCAUGUCAUAUCCGCACAACCUGAUUGAUCUGUCCUUCCUAGUCAGCGACUCGUCCGACAACACCAUGGGCGUGCUGCUGUCUAAACUGCAGAUGGCCCAGUCGCAGCAAGACAAGACCAAGCGGUUCGGCAACAUUGAGAUCUACGAGAAGGACUUUGGCCAAAUCAUCGGCCAGUCCUUUUCUGACCGUCACGGGUUCGGCGCUCAGGGCCCCAGAAGGAAACUCAUGGCCAGGGCUCGUAACUGGCUCGGGUCCGUGGCUCUGAAGCCAUACCACUCCUGGGUCUACUGGAGAGACGUGGACGUCGAAACCAUUCCCUCCACCAUCAUGGAAGACCUAAUGCAUCACGACAAGGACGUCAUCGUCCCCAACGUUUGGAGACCACUUCCAGACUGGCUGGGGAACAUCCAGCCUUACGAUCUGAACUCUUGGAAGGAGUCCGAAGGUGGCCUCCAACUGGCCGACGCCCUCGACGAAGACGCCGUCAUCGUGGAGGGGUACCCUGAGUACGCCACUUGGAGACCACAUCUCGCCUACAUGAGAGACCCAAACGGUAAUCCUGAAGACGAAAUGGAACUGGACGGUAUCGGAGGUGUCUCUAUCCUGGCAAAGGCCAAGGUCUUCAGAACAGGCUCGCACUUCCCGGCUUUCUCCUUCGAAAAGCACGCAGAGACAGAAGCAUUCGGCAGAUUGUCUCGCAGAAUGAACUACAACGUUAUCGGCCUGCCCCACUAUGUAAUCUGGCAUAUUUACGAGCCUUCCAGUGAUGACUUAAAACACAUGGCCUGGAUGGCCGAAGAAGAGAAGCGGAAAUUGGAAGAAGAGAGAAUCCGCGAGUUCUACAACAAGAUCUGGGACAUUGGGUUCGAGGACGUCAGAUAUCAAUGGACCGAAGAAAGAGACUCCAUCUUGAAAAACAUCGACUCUACCCUAAAUAGCAAAGUUACCGUGGACUGGUCUGAAGAAGGCGAUGGCUCGGAACUGGUGGACUCAAAGGGCGAAUUCGUCUCUCCAAACAACCAGCAACAGCAACAGCAACAGCAACAACAGCAGCAAAAGAAACAACAAGACAACAACCCGCAGGGGAAACUUCUUGACGGCAACGAUAAGAACAAGAAAAUGCUCCCUAAAGAGGUUCCAUUGGACUUCGACCCUGAUAGAAACUAG